UUGGCAAACUGGCGUUGACAUGUGCCUCCUCCUACUCACCACCCUCAGGUUCUCCCGUGCUGCAGUGACAUCAUUAGCGGUCACGAAAGAACAGUGCCAGCGACUGACAACAGAAAAUCCAGCGAUUUGGGUCUUUUUACGCACGGUCUGAACAGAAAGUCGUGUUUACAUGCGCGCAUUCCCAGAAACAAAACGAGAGAAGGAUAAUACCAGGAUGCAGAACCUAAACGUCGACCUCUAAAGGUGACAUGAUCCACCGGAUUAUCAAAGGCACCUCGCACUUUUUCAGUGGAACCACAAGGUAACACCUAAACCGACUAAUACGAAUUUUUCGCGUUCCCUGGAUGCGCAGACCAAAAAACUUUUCCCAUAACUAAAAGUAAUAUAUUUUAAAAUAUACGCAAGUGUCUGUGAUACUGCUCCAGCGUUUACAAGAAUAUGGCUACAUUAAUUCGAAGCAAGAUUUCCAACAAGCUGUCCAACGCAGCUUCGACGGUUACUAAUAAAUCCCAGGCGAAGGUAAGUGGUCUCUUCGCCAAAAUGGGUUUCCAGGCUGCCACUGAUGAAGAGGCGCUGGGAUUCGCAGCCUGUGAUGAUCUUGACUAUGACCACAGGCAAGGAUUGCAGAUGGACAUCCUAAAAAAUGAGGAAAUAGGGGAAGAGGUCGGUGGCGAUAACGUGGGAGAUGGAACUAUGGACGGGGACAGUCAUUAUCAGAGAGAUGGCACAGGUCCCCCACCCUCUGGGGCAAAAGAUGGCGGUGUCUGUAGUGAAUUUGGGUCUUCAGAUAAGCCGAAAAUCACUGCUUGGGAGGCAGGAUGGAACGUCACUAAUGCCAUUCAGGGAAUGUUCGUACUUGGCUUACCAUACGCCAUCCUCCACGGCGGAUAUCUCGGACUCUUUCUUAUCAUUUUUGCGGCAGUUGUAUGCUGUUACACAGGGAAAAUCCUUAUCGCUUGCCUCUAUGAAGAAAACGAAGACGGACAACUCGUGAGAGUGAGAGACUCGUAUGUUGACAUUGCCAAUGCUUGCUGCGCGCCCAGAUUUCCGGCACUAGGAGGUCACAUUGUGAAUGUAGCCCAGAUAAUUGAGCUCGUCAUGACAUGCAUUUUAUACGUUGUAGUGAGCGGUAACCUAUUAUAUAACAGCUUUCCGACCCUUCCCGUCUCCCAGAGAUCAUGGGCUAUCAUCGCCACCGCCGCGCUUCUGCCUUGCGCUUUUCUCAAAAACCUAAAAGCCGUCUCCAAGUUCAGCCUGCUUUGCACUCUCGCUCACUUCGUGAUCAACGUCAUUGUGAUAGCCUAUUGCCUGUCUAGAGCACGGGACUGGGCCUGGGAUAAGGUGAAGUUCUACAUAGACGUGAAAAAAUUCCCCAUAUCGAUUGGUAUCAUUGUCUUUAGCUAUACAUCACAGAUCUUCUUGCCAUCGUUGGAGGGCAACAUGCAGAAACCCAGCGAGUUCCACUGCAUGAUGAACUGGACUCACAUUGCCGCAUGCAUUCUCAAAGGCCUGUUUGCUCUAGUGGCGUAUCUGACGUGGGCAGACGAAACCAAAGAAGUUAUCACAGACAACUUGCCUUCUGGAAUCAGGGCCGUUGUCAACAUUUUCCUGGUGUCUAAGGCCCUGCUGUCAUAUCCACUCCCGUUUUUUGCUGCUGUUGAAGUGCUGGAGAAGACUUUUUUUCAGGAAGGACGGCGCGCGUUUUUCCCAGACUGUUACGGGGGCGACGGACGCCUUAAAUCUUGGGGUCUAUCACUGCGGUGUGGCCUUGUGGUGUUUACCAUGUUGAUGGCCAUCUACGUGCCGCACUUCGCACUACUCAUGGGUUUAACGGGCAGCUUGACGGGAGCAGGCUUGUGUUUUCUCCUCCCUAGCCUCUUUCACCUCAGGCUACUUUGGAGGAAGUUGUUUUGGCACCAAGUUUUUUUCGAUGUCGCAAUAUUUGUUAUUGGCGGUAUAUGCAGUAUUUCUGGUUUUAUUCAUUCAAUGGAAGGUCUCAUUGAAGCGUUCAAAUACAACAUACACGAUUAGUUGCAAGAAACACGAUCGGUGACGUGUUAGAGGAGGCACCCAACAUCUAAACCAACUAAUGUUUCGUAAAUGUAAUGUCCUCAGUUUGCACCUAUGUUCAAGCGACAUCAAGCAAAACCAAUAAAUCUAAAACAUAGACACUGAUAUAUAUAUAUAUAUAUAUAUAUAUAUAUAUAUAUAUAUAUAUACACAGUAUAUAAAAUGUGUGUGUGCGUGUGUAUGUGUGUGUGUAUGUGCGCAUGCGUGCGUAUGCGUGUAAGAUAUAAUGAAGAUGCAUUAACAUAUUUUUUCUGUAGGUCGGUCGUAAUUGUAUGGAAUAUAUUGAAAUGAAAUUAUAUAAUUUUACAACGCACAGCAUUUCGAAAGACUUUAAGAUUAUGUCUACGUUACAGAUCCAUAAACUCGACUUAAA